AUGAAUAAUAAUAAUCCAAACCCCGGGGCCAAGCAUGUGGCAAAUAUAUUAGGUGAGUGGGGUAGGUGGCAGUUUAAAUGGACCGUGUUUGUUUUUGUGAUGAUGGCCAUAUCUGCCAUUAACAACAUGGGCUAUGCUUUCCAUGCAUUUGACAAUGAUUUCUGGUGCAGUGACGUACCACCGGAUUUAAUGAAUAAAACACAAGUAUGCCACCGAGCACAUUUAGCAUCAAUGUCCCAGGUGUUUUACAUGUUAGGCUACUUUGUAUCUGGACUUAUAUUCUCGCAUUACUCAGAUAAAUACGGCCGACGACCAAUUAUAUUUACCUCGUUCAUUAUAGAAAUAAUUGGUAUUGUAUCAUGCAUACUUUCACCAAACAUAUAUUUCUACUCGAUAUCCAGAUUUUUUGUGGGCAUGGUAAUAGAAAACUGUGGACCGAAAUACAGGGCCGACAUAUACGUAUUGACAGACAUUGGUUGGGUGCUGGGCUACGCGGCUAUACCAGGCCUGGCCUAUUGGCUUAGGGACUAUAGAUAUAUGCAACUCACCUCGCUCAUUGCCACCAUCUUUCUGUUAUUGUGGUACUAUUUGCUGUGUGAAAGUCCCCGUUGGCUGCUUAGCACCGGACGUAUCGGUCGCGCGGAACAUAUACUACGAAAGGCACUGAAAACUAACGGACUGUCCGAUGAAAAUCUUGGCGACCAGUUAAAGGGACUGUCAGAGUAUUUGCAAAAUGUUCAAUCAAGCGACAAAUCUAAGCAAAAUCACACCGUAUUGGACCUAGUUAAAACAUCAAACCUUAGAAAAAUCUCCAUGAUAAUGUGGUACACUCACGCAGUUGUUGCCUUGUUAUAUUACGGAAUUAGUUUGAACAUGUCCGAUUUUGGUGGCAAUUUUUACAUCACAUUUUUACUAUCGGGCUUAGUUGAGUUGCCAUCACAAUUAUUGACCGUGGUAUUUUUUCGACUGUUUGGACGUCGAUUACUGUUUUCAACAUUUUUGACCAUAACGUCCGUAUCGUGUCUGGCGAUCAUCGGCUCCCGUGCCGAGUGGCUAACAGUGCUGUUGGCACUCAUAGGCAAGUUUGGUGUCAACAGCGCCUGGAAUGUUAUGGCAGUUGUGGGACCCGAGUUGUAUCCAACGGUUAUCAGGCAUAGGGGUAUGGGUGUCGCACAGGUAGUCGGACGUCUGGGUUCAAUAAGUGCGCCAUACAUGAAAAAUUUGGCGGCUAUUCAUGGCUUAGCGCCGGUUAUGAUACUAUACGGCGUGUUAUCGGGUGUCGGAGCCCUUAUUGUGCUAUUACUGCCUGAAACUAAAGGUCGCGAGAUUCCCGAUACUAUUGAAGAAACUGAUCAGGAUAACAUUAUUAAUACUUAA